AUGAUGGAUCCUGAAGUUUUUACCCAGGGGGAUGUUAAGCCCUCAUUGCAUAGUAUUGUCAAAUCUGCUUAUUCCAGAGAAGACAGGUCCAUGGGUGAUCUAAAAUAUUUCUCCAAAAGGGACAUCAUCACAACAGAUGAGGAGGAAGAUGAUGAGAGGGGGUCACUGGACUUGCCUGAACAAGACCUGCGAGACUAUAUCCGGCGGGUUUACGGCAUGCAGGAAUGGCCGGAUGGUUGCGUAUACAAGGGGGAAUUUGGGCUUAACAUGAAGCUUGGAUUUGGAAUAUUCGAAUGGAACAAUGGUGAGACAUACAAAGGGCAGUUUUAUAGGGAUCAUCGUCAUGGCCAAGGUACCUAUACUUGGCCUGAUGGUUGCACUUUCACGGGGACAUUUUAUAUCAGCCACAGAGAAGGAUAUGGCACCAUGUACUUGAAAAACAGAGUAUUUCAGGGAUUAUACAGGGCUGAUGAACGAUUCGGACCAGGAAUAGAGUCGUAUGCAGAAGGCUGUCAGGACGUUGGAUGGUGGUUCCGGGAACACAUAAUUAAAUUGUGUACUGAAGUCCCUGGCACUUUCACCAUUUUUGAUUAUCCAGAGUACAUCCCCUUUCUUUGUUUUGAUUCUGUGGAAAUGUGUCUUUCUGAAAAGGAGCUGGCAAAGUGGGACCUGGAUGAGGAGCAGGACCCCUUUUUUUAUGAUUACAAGAAGCUGCUGUUAAACGACGAUUUAACUUUGCCACCAGAAAUGUACGUUUACUCCACCGACAAUGAGCAUCUGCCCAUGACUGCAUCAAGCAAAAAAGACUUUGAUUUCUAUUUUUUGGUGCCUAAGUUUCCAAUCUUUGAUGACGAUGAUGAACCUUGGUUUGUUGUAAACCAGACUUCUUUGAUGCUUAAAAUACAAAAGCAUGCUUGCAGAUUCAGGCACAGUCAGUCUCCAUUCAGCCCUAGUAUUAAUGAUAUCAUGAAUGGAAACCGAAGUAACUUUGGCCACCGAGGUCCCAAAGAACGAUUUGCCAAGGAGCUGAUCAUGAAGGCUGAGAAAGGAGAAUAUGACCGCGUCUACGAGAUUCUCCGUGAUGAUCUGGCGCUGGCUGAUGUAGGGGAUGGCAAGGGAUUCACUGCGCUGGCUGGAGCGACUAUUCACUGCCACAAUGCCAUCAUCAACCUCCUCCUGGACAACGGCGCCAACGUGAACGUGUUCACCGACGAGGGGAUCACUCCCCUGUGCAUGUGCUUCAUUCUCUACUAUUCGAAGGAGAUGUUUAAGCCCAACAUCGCCGAGAGGAACUUGGACAAGCUCAAGGGACUACCUUCAAGACCCAUACUUACUUCAGCGGCUUCUACUAUGUCUGAAGUAAAAUCACCCAUCCCAAAUCCGGAAACAGCUUUUCAACGCCCCUCUGCAUUAGAAGUAAAGAAACCUUUGGAAAACGUGGCCACUAACAUGGACGGAGAUGCUUCUCAGAUCUGUACAGAGCAGUGUGAGUUGAAGCAAACCAUUCAUAAGAAUGACGCAUUGGUGAGGGCCUCAACUGGAAAAUUAUGUCCCGUGGCAUCCAACAAGAUGGUAGACGAUAUAUGGGUGAAUUUUGAGCAGUCCACGCAACCGAGUGUCUCGACAAACUUCGAAUCGAACCUUUGUGUCUGCAGCUAUCCUAUAGACGUCUCACAGGACAUUAUAGAGAAGAUGGCCAAUACCUACACCAUGCUGAGAGUUGCUUCCUUUGAAAGUGAAGACAGAGAUCCAGGAACUGUGAAGAAAAUGGCUCUCUCUAUAAUGGAACGCAAAUUCAGAUGGACUACGAUCCAGUUACUCCUACAGCGAGGGGCAGACCCCAACUGUUGCAAAGUGCCUAUGCAUGUUCUUUUCUUUCCCGUUAGAGCUGCAGAUGUGGCUGGGGUUCGGCUCCUCCUGGAGCACGGUGCAAGGACCGACGUCCGGUUUCCAUCAAAGAUGAGAGGCCUCACCCCUCUUCACAUAGCGGUGUCCCUGCCCGAGGAGGAGGGCGUCAAGAUCACAGAGUUAUUGCUUCACGCUAUCACUGACCCGGAUGCGAGAGCUGACGAUCAAGACGAGCCAUACAAGAUACACAAGUUUGACACGUUAAUAUCAAGCAUGAAACUCAAUAAUGAGCCUGGACCGCCAGUGACUUAUUACACCCCGUCUAAGCUGAGUCCUGAAGAAGGCGGGAGAAGCCCCUUGCAUGUUGUGUGUGAGAGAGAAGACAACUUCAAGUAUGCAAGGGACAUCAUACGUCUCCUGUUAAUUCAUAAAGCGAAUCCCAAUACUGUGUGGAGUGGUCAUUCUCCACUCUCCCUGUCCAUUGCCAGUGGGAAUGAUCUGGCAGUGCAUGAACUUCUCCUCUGGGGAGCAGACCCAAAUCUGGCCUUAACUAAAGGGGUGGGCAGCGCUCUUUGUGCCGUGGCCAACCUAGCAUUUGAGCAAAAAAGAACCCUGGAUGGUAAAAUCGCUUUGAUCGACACACUCAUUCAGUAUGGGGCAGAUAUCCUGAUUCCGAUUAAAUUGGUCCAAGGAGAAAGAUCCGCCGUGGGAACUGCUGUGGACUACGCAUACUUCAAAUUCUUCCAGGAUAGGCGGAUAGCACAUACUCCUUUACACUCGUUGACGGCGGCGGAACGAGAAACGCUGGUCUUGCGUAAAAAAUUCUUGGAAUACCUGGGUGUCCGGCUCCGCAAAGCUGUUCUGGCGAAAGAGGACCAAUGGAAUAGGAAGCAGCUGCUGCUGUCCAAGAAGGCGGAAUUAUCCUCUAGGUCCAAGAGGAAGAAUGUCUUGUCUGCCAAACUAUCAGAGGGAGAAUCGAGGAUACCCUUCUUCAAGUACUGCUACCAGUGUGGUCGUUCUAUAGGGGUACGGCUCACACCGUGUCUUCGAUGUUACGGAAUUUUAACCUGUAGCAAGCACUGUAAGGCAAAAGCCUGGAAUGAGUCCCACAAACGAGAAUGUGGUGCAGCCAAAGGUGACAUGAUGACCGCUUCCAAAAGCAAGGAAGACGUCAGGAAGGGAAAGGAGAUGGCCUCAAAGAUCCUGCGAGACAUCAAAGGUCUGAGCACCUGCCCAAAAAGCACAAAAAAGGACAUCGAUCUGAAGAUGAGAAACCUCGUGAAAAUCGGAGCAUUCACCCGGCCUACAGAGUGCCCUUCUCCCCCAAGUUCACCCCCAUACACAGAAAAUUACAGUUUCAACUGA